GAGAUGGAGGUGUGGCCAGGCCUGUACACACACCUCACCUCCCAGCUGAUGGCCCUGGCACGGGGCAAGGUGGUGCUGGUGCUGGAGGUGUGGCCAGGCCUGUACACACACCUCACCUCCCAGCUGAUGGCCCUGGCGUGGGGCAAGGUGGUGCUGGUGCUGGAGGUGUGGCCAGGCCUGUACACACACCUCACCUCCCAGCUGAUGGCCCUGGCACGGGGCAAGGUGGUGCUGGUGCUGGAGGUGUGGCCAGGCCUGUACACACACCUCACCUCCCAGCUGAUGGCCCUGGCGUGGGGCAAGGUGGUGCUGGUGCUGGAGGUGUGGCCAGGCCUGUACACACACUUCACCUCCCAGCUGAUGGCCCUGGCGCGGGGCAAGGUGGUGCUGGUGCUGGAGGUGUGGCCAGGCCUGUACACACACCUCACCUCCCAGCUGAUGGCCCUGGCGUGGGGCAAGGUGGUGCUGGUGCUGGAGGUGUGGCCAGGCCUGUACACACACCUCACCUCCCAGCUGAUGGCCCUGGCGUGGGGCAAGGUGGUGCUGGUGCUGGAGGUGUGGCCAGGCCUGUACACACACCUCACCUCCCAGCUGAUGGCCCUGGCACGGGGCAAGGUGGUGCUGGUGCUGGAGGUGUGGCCAGGCCUGUACACACACCUCACCUCCCAGCUGAUGGCCCUGGCGUGGGGCAAGGUGGUGCUGGAGGUGACCAGUCUGACCUCACCCAAACAUUGUGGCAGGAACUGAGCACCUCACAUCCACACACUGGGUGGGUGGUGCCUGCCGUCCUGGCCAAGAGUGCCGCCCACACCCUCAGUGCCUUGCUGGGCCACCACCGCCCCCCUGCUGGACCCCCCUGCAGCCAUCACCAAGCCUUCAGGAGACACUGCUGAGCCUGGUGUAUGUCCAGCGGGCACACUGGCACUGCUUCCACUACCAGGGGUCCUUAUGCCAGCAGGAGGUGCGGGGCGAGGCUGACCCCAGCACCUUCACCCCGAGCCUCUCCUUCCAAGGCCUGGUGGGUGUCCGGCCCUUACGCCACCAGACCAGAGACACCAUGCAGCUCCUGACACCACAGACCAGCAGCUCAGGGAGAGGAUUGGUGAGAAACUGCUGCAGCUGAGGAGGGAAGGUAUGUAGGGAGGAAGGGAAGCUGAGUGAGUCUCUGAGGCUGUGUCUGGUGUGUGACGAGCAGGUGGAGCAACACACAGCCUUACUUAAGGGUAAGUGCACUACACACUUAGGUGUUUUUUCCAUUCACAGACAGAACAUAAUAAAGAUAGUCUAAGUACUCUGAUGUACCCGAGGCAGCUCUUGGUACCUGCCAGAGUUUUUACCUCAAGAAGACCAAGUUUCCCUCACAUAUAUAUCUACUUGGACCAAAUUUCUUGUCCACACCAAACCCACUGAGGCAGCACAUAGCAUCUUUUUACCAGAGCUUUUACCUCAAAAAGACUCAGAGUUUCCCUCACACAUACCAUUUAUAGAGGACUUUGUGGUGCAGUGGUUAGCACACUCGGCUCACAACCGAGAGAGCCCGGGUUCGAUUCCUGGGCGGAGUGGAAAAAUUUGGGCGGCUUUUCCGAUACCCUAUGCCCCUGUCCAGCCAGCAGUGAAUGGGUACCAGGUAUUAAUCGGGGGUUGUGUCCCGUCUCCUGGGAUCUGUUCCCUUCUAUAAUUCCUUCCCUUCUGUCUCUCUCCAGCAUAUGACCACAGAUGUUGCGCCGACUAAACCAAACUUUCCAACUUUCUGCAUACCAUUUAUUUAUUUUCACCCAAUUCCUUGUUACAUAUGUCACCCAUUCAGGCAGCUUUAAUACUCUUUACCAGAGCUAGAAGACAAAGCUUUCCUCACUUAUCUAACCAACACUUAACCACCAUAACUUUGACCACACAUAACCCCUUGAGGCAGCUUUCUACCCUCGUACUAGAGCAACCUUUUUUACCAGACAAGUUUCCCUCACACCACAACACACAGAGGUACACACUAAUUCACCCUCUCCCCCCCCCCCACACAGGGAACAUCCAGAGCGGCCAGAGCGCAUCCAGCGGGUGUGGGAGGUGCUGGGGCGUGCCGGGGUGCUGGGGUGAGGCCAGCGGCUGCAGGUGGGUGGUGGAGGCACUGUCUGUAUGAUGUGUGUGUUCAUGUUUAUGUCACUGCUCCGCCGUUCACUGUUCCGUUGUUUACUUCUCCUUGUUCGCCUUGCUUAGUAUGAGUCUCCCUUCACACCUGCACUGGCUAACACCUGUAUAGCCACCCAUAGUAAAGCAUAGAGGGUAUGCAGCUCUCUCUAUUCCUUGGACCUGCUUUAUAAAC